AUGCUUCAUCAGACGUUGCUGGAGGACACAGGAUGCCAAAUGAUGUCGAUUGUGGGACUCGGUAGGAUUGGGAAGACUCAGCCAGCCUUGCGAUUUGCGUACACAGUCAGAGAGACCAUGCCAGCCGUCUCAAUUUUCUGGAUGCCUGCACUCAGCAUGGAGAGCUACGAGCAAGCCUGCGUGGCCGUUGCCGCUGCUUUGCAUAUCAGCCAAGCGGAAACGAGUAAAGACAACGUAAAAAGGCUUGUGAAGGAGCAUCUAAGUACAGAUCAGGCAGGACCGUGGUUACUUGUGCUCGACAAUGCAGAUGAUCACAACAUCUUGUAUGGCACCGAGUAUGCUGCGGGCAUCAUCGACUAUCUACCGGAGAGCGAGAAGGGCAUGACCGUGUUCACUACACGAGUGCAAGAAUUAGCCGUGGCGUUGACGCGAGGCGACGUUCUAGAGCUGGGUUCUAUGAGCAAACUAGAUGCCAUGAACUUCUUGGAGAAGUCUUUAAUCAGAAAGAACCCCACUGAGGAAUGCGAGGAGCUAUUGGACGAGUUAGCCUACCUCCCUUUGGCCAUCUCUCAGGCUGCCACGUACCUAAAUAUGAAUAGAACGACUUUUACAAGGUAUCUGCGGCUGCUGAGACAGACAGAGCAAGAUACCAUCAGUCUAAUGAGCAAAGAGUUCCAAGAUCAAACACGCUAUAAGGGCUCGGCGAACGCAGUGGCCUCGACGUAG